GAACUCUCGAAAGGGCUGGCGGGUAGGAUUGGAGCUGCUGAUUACUGGAUUUCGCUCUUUGGACGUAUUUCCGGGUUUAAUUCUUUCGCGAAGUUGAAGUCGACCGACUUCUUUUUAUCAGACUCUCGAUCGAUCUCCGAUAAUUUUACCUUAACAGUCGUUGCCAUCUAUAUUUGUUAGGCGAGCACACGAACAGAAACGAUAUCUUGUCCCACUAACACUUGCCGAUACUCGGGUUAUAAUUCCCUCGAAGAAAACCAGAAAAAGAAACCCCCCCAAAAAAAGGAACAAAACCAUGGCGGAGGCUACGUUUAUUAAAACGGAACCCGAUGACCAAAUGAACAAUUCGAGUCAUUUUAUCAUGUCUAACUCCACAUACGGACUACCCAGUCCGUCCUUCGGGAAUCAGUUCGGAAACUCCGGAACGAAUGAUGGCAUUGAUCCCUCGGAACUUACCAUGCACAAUAGUGGCUUCAUGUCGAAUCCCUUCAGCUCGCCCCAGAACCUGUCUUCGAGUUUCAACUUCGGUAAUUCUGGGAUUGAUACCGAAGAGCUGCUUGAUUUAGAGAUAAACGGACAGAACACGAUACGCGAUGGGUCUUACAACCUGGUUCCAGAGCAGCGACAGCCUACUGGAAUCUCCAUGAGCCACCAAGGCCAGAUGUCCCACGUAUUUUCGAAUACACCGGACGGAGCCCCUAUCAACAGCCCUUUUAUUCGUGGUGGUUUUGGCUAUGAUCAGUUCCGGCCGAUGCAGCAGCACACUCCUCAGGAUGCCUCACCGCACAUGAACGGUACAAACGUCCAUUUUGAUCAGAAUUACCUGGGUGGAAAAACGCGUGCAAGCCUUCAGGUUGACAGGAACUCUGUGGAUGCCCGAAGCCCCAUGUCACCCAAGACUCCUGCUAUGGCGGGCUUGAAUAUCGCUACCCCUGAAUCCGGAAGCUUCCCGUCACAGCCCAUAAGGGCAGUAUCUCUACAAUCCCAGCAUCAAAAGAAUAUGUCGAGCCAGUGGGAUGGCACGCCUGGUAGUGCUCAGUCCUUAAUCGAAUCUCCGAUCUCAUCGCCCGGACACCCAUCCCACCAUCUUGGAAUUUCAGAGAUUCUGAAAUCUGGAAAACAUGCUUCCCUCCCGACCAAAGUUGGCCACCAUACGAGUGCGCAGCAAGCCUUGGAGUCACAAGAAGCCAAAAGGAAACGUCGUCGCGCCUCUCACAACCUGGUGGAGCGUCGCAGACGUGACAAUAUCAACGAGCGAAUCCAAGACCUUUCCCAUCUGGUCCCGCAACAUCGCUUAGAGGAUGAGAAGAUAAGGAAACAGCUUCUCAAUAACUCUUCGCUUGCCGGUUCCGUGGGCACCCCCGGACUGAAUUCGACGAAUGCAGCGACAUCUCUUCUUGCGGGGGGCUGUGGAAGGCGCGCGACGAGCGGCAAUAUUACCAUGGGACUGCCGAUCGAGGAGAAAGAAAAGGGACCAAACAAGGGUGACAUCCUCAACGGAGCAGUUGGCUGGACUAGAGAUCUCAUGUGGGCACUGCAUCGCAAAUUAGAGCAAGAAGACCAGUUGGCCGAACUGAUCACUUCGCUCGGUGGAACAUGGCCAUUUGAGCAGACUGAAGAGGAUAAGCGGAUGCGAACGGAAUUACUCGAUGCAAUGGAGAAAAACAACGCAAAUACAUUUGCUUAUAGCCGCGCGCCAGGAAGUGGCCUUCGGGUUCCCAAGCACACUAACAUCGCCGGCGAGCCACUACAAGGACAAGCGAACUCGCAGAGCCUGAGUCCUGGUUUCCAUAGCGGAGGCAGCGGCAACACUAGUGGCAACGGCCAGGCACAAUUCUGGAAUACUUCAGGCCAUGCGGGUAUGAGCUUCAAAGAAGAGGACGAGUACUCGAUGGAUAUAAAUUGAGCACUGGGACGCGUUACAUUUCGGAUUCAACACAAGAUUGCAUAGGUGGCGUCGCUUCUCGGAGUGGAAUAGUGGGGUUUGGAGGCGUUGGCACUCGCAUGCUCUGGCCGCGUGUCUGUCUCUUUGGGGUUGCUGGCCUUUUUCUACGAACUAUUUAAUAUCUUUCCUUUUCUCUCGAGACCUGUCUCUUACUUUCUGUGUCCAUUUCCGAGUUCGCCUGCGCAUUUAUAUUGACCCUCUUCCUUUUGAUUCAUAUGAACAUAAUAUUUGUCUUUUGUUUUGCCUUCAAAGACCCAGCAGGUAUUUGUGAGCAGCUGCUUUAUGUUUUCUUUUUCUAUUAAUUUUCCCAACAGUUUCCUCCUUGCUUGCUGUCGGUUCUGUAUUGGUUUCGACAUUAUUCUCUAGGUUAUGCUCUCUGCCUGUUUCAAAUUAUCAUUUCCCGGCCCUUCCUCGUUAUGAUGUAUCUCCUUUUUUUCUUUGAGUGAUUUUCUUUUUUCUCACAUACUUAAUGACCAUUGAUACCCAUACUGUUACUAUGCCCAUUCUAAUCCUUGGUUGACUUCAGCUCAACGACUGAUGGCCUCUCCCUAUCUCCCAGAUAUUUCUCAGUGUGAAAUCACUAUAUAGACAGUCCCAAGUUAACAAGGCAGCCAAGCAGAAGUCGUGUCAGCUGCUUCUGAUGCCUGGGCUUCCUGAGACAUGCAUGUUACGGCCUUUAUGAGUUUGUCUGCCAACAAACCUAUGAUGAUGAUCUAUUUUUUAGACUCCGCCCUAAAAUCCCCCCUCUCCCCUCCUCUUUCUCUCUCUUAUCUCUCUCGUGGGCACAACGAGGUAUGAUAACGAUUUGAAUGAUUAUCUCUCUGACAUUAUCUUGCUUGAUGGGUAUCUCUGUGUGCAUUUUGCUGAUUUUUCCUUCCUUCCCUCCCUACAUGUCUUUUUUUUUUCCUGUUUGUCCUAUUUAUAUAACUCAUGGCCAAUCCCUUUUUCGCUUUCCCUCUUAGAUACAUCUGUACUGUAAUCCGUAUGGACUCGGUUUAUUUAUUUAUU